GAAAUAGAGUAUUGGCAGCACCAGGGUUACAGUGUCAGAACUCGUCCAGACCUCGAUUGGAGCAGAACUGAUGAUCAUACAUUGGAUACAUCUUUUGACAAGAUGUUGUUUAGUGAGGAGUGUGACAGCCUGGGCCAGCUGAUGGAGUCUGGGUGUGCAGUUAAUGUUCCCAAUAACCCUCUCAGCCAGUCACCUGCCCACCUGGCAGUCUGCGGUGGACAAGCUUUUUUUCUCCUUUGGCAGUUACAGACAGGACUUGAUAUUAACCAGCAGGACACUUGUGGGGAGACUUUGAUCCAUAAAGCAGCCCGGUCAGGAAGCUUAGAAUGUCUUAGUGUGCUUGUUGCUAGAGAAGCCAAAUUAAAUGUAUGCAAUAAGGACGGGCAAACAGCUGAAGACCUAGCAUUAUCAAGUGGAUUUAUGGAAUGUGCACACUAUCUUGCUGCAGUUAGGAAUACUCGGGAUACAUUUUUAAAAGCACAGUCGUCUAUGCAUGAACUGAGGGACGCAUCAGCUGGGCACAAAAGAGGGCAUCACUGCGGAUCAGUGUUACAUGGCAAGAGGAGGAGAGCAUCAGAUGAUGGUUUCAUUUAGUCUGGAUAUGGAAGUGAGGAAGAGACUGUUCCUUCACUGAGGAAGUGCUUUGUCAAGGAGCAAACUUUACCUAUAGCUUAUAUUAAGCUCAUUUCUAACCUUUCUUCAGGAAAGAACUUUUCUACAUGACUGAAAGUUUUAUUUCAAAAGAUAUUUCAAAUUGUUGAAUGUCCAUUCUGUGCUUUAAAUUAUAUAUAACAUUUGAUACUUUUAUACUAAAUAAAGUUUGAUUUUUACAAAUGUUCAAAGA